GUAUUUUUCAAAAUUCAAAACACUUCCAAACUUCCGAUUUCAAUGAGGACGACUGAGCGCUUUGUGACGUGUCAAAGACGCAACGUGACGUCCGUCAGGUCUGACAUAAUCUACAGCAGUCCAAUUAGCAGCUCCGUCGCUUAUGUAGUUUGACGGACGCCUAACUUCCAUCGAUCUUCUCCCUUUCCUGAUCGGACCACCGAUUCUUAUACGUUGCGCUUCCUCCUUCAGACUCUUCCCAGAAAUACAAUGGCGCCUACUCUGAGCCUUCAGAAAUGGGUGCAGGAGAAGUACCAGACCGUUGGGGUUGACAAGGAAGGUAAUUUCAUCGGGGAAGAUCGCUUUAGAGAUAAAUUGAUCAGCCUUUAUGGGAGUACUGAAAACGCUCAAGCUCUUGAUCAAAAGUCUUGGAAGAAAAUCCUAGCUGAGAUCCGACAACUUGUUAAUGUGAAGGCAUAUCUCCCUACAGCCACUUCAACCCCGUCACCCGAUUCAAAAACUCAACCUGAUCGCACAGAAGCCAAACCACGGCCAACUUCAAAAGCAACAAGUAGUAGCGCAACGGCCAAGACCUCACUCCAACCAUCGCAUCCAGAGGUCAAUGCUAGUACUUCAACAGCCGGCAACUUAGCUACUAAACUUAGAACCCAACUACCAAAUCCGAAGGCGAAUGCUAGCACUUCAACUGCCGGCAAUUCGACUACUAAACUUGGAGCCCAGCCGCCAAAUCCAAAGGCCAAUGCUAGUAAUCAUAAUCAAGCGCCUUUGAACACCAAAAUGCUAGAACUCAUCGACGAUACCAGAAGGCCAAUAGGUGUCAAUGGUCUUUCCGAAAGUGAUCGUAACCCGAGGAUACCAAGUCUAGAGCAUCAGCUUUGCCUGCUAGAUCUGUCUAGCUACGGUGAGAGCUCAUACCUACCUGGGCUGGAUGAUAGCGACAUUAGGAAUGCUGUCAUCUUUUCAACGGAAGCACUAAGGCGUUAUGACUCGAGGCUAUUGCCACAGUUCGGGCUCUUAGGGAGCAUCUGCAGUACGGAAGAGUCGCUUGUAACCGCAAACAAGGAUCCUAGGCUCUUCCUCAAUACAAAUGUGCCAUUUUCGGCAUUUAUCUGUGGCCUCCAAGGUAGUGGGAAGUCGCACACAAUAUCUUGUCUCCUCGAAAGCAGCCUUAUUAAAGCCCCUAUCCUAGGGGUACUUCAACAGCCCCUAAGUGUCUUGGUCCUACAUUUUUGUCAGUAUACGUCACGGUCAAGCUUCCAACCUUGCGAAGCGGCUUUCCUCGCAUAUCAUCAUCCAAGUUUCCGUGAAUACACUGGGGUAUCAUCUAUCCACAUAAUGGUUUCUCCAUCGAACUACCACGACCUGAAUACCUCCUAUUCGUAUAUCCCUGGGGUAGAUAUUCGACCGUUCAAGUUAAAAACCAAGCACUUGAAUGUCAGCUCAAUGUUAACUCUGAUGUCCGUGGAUCAGACCGAGGCCCCCCCGCUAUACAUAGGUCAAAUCACCAGGAUACUACGAGAGAUUGCAACAACAUCUCCAGGAGAAUUCAGUUACCCGAAAUUUAAAGAAGCUAUAGAGGCCUGUGAUCUCACUCCCGCCCAGAAAGGUCCGCUCCAACAAAGACUCGACCUGCUGGAAUCAUUCCUCGACUUAGAUGAUUCGGCUGUGGACUAUAGCUUCGAAGCCGGAAGUAUCACAAUCGUCGACUUGUCCUGUCCUUUCGUCGAUACGAACACAGCAUGUGUUUUGUUCAAUAUUUGCAUCGGUAUAUACUUAGAAUCAAAUCCUACUGUUGGGAAGCUUAUUGCCGUAGACGAGGCCCACAAGUAUAUGACGAACACACCAGCUGCUAAAGCCCUAACAGAGAGACUCCUGACUGUGAUACGGCUACAACGCCACUACGGAGCACGAGUCAUAAUAUCAACACAAGAACCUACCAUAUCUCCACGCCUUAUAGACCUCUGCUCUAUUAUUAUCAUCCAUCGUUUCUCGAGCCCAGAGUGGUUUGACGUUGUUCGAAAGCACGUCUCGAUUGCAGAGACGGACAAGGCUGGACUAGAAAAUCUCUUCGAACGGAUUGUCACCCUUCGCCCCGGUGAAGCGUUGCUCUUUGCGCCAUCCACCAUUUUAACUAAGCGGGAAGGGAAUGUUGAUGUAUUUGUUCAGCUAAGUUCGAAUCUCUUGAAGGUGAAAAUCAGGAAGCGGUUGACGUGGGAUGGCGGGAAAUCUGUCUUUGUCUGCAAACCCGAAGUAGACAGCUAAAAUUUCGAAGAAAUUAACGUGACUUGCCGCAGUGAUUCAGCAAAAGUAAACGAUUGUUAUGAAUGAAAUGAGUUCACCCGUUUUGAGCACUACAACUCGAAAAGGGGCUAG